CAAAUGAUAUCAAGCCAGCAGAACAGCAGAAGACCUUGCUUGGGUGGUUUGGAAAGGGGUCUUACUUUUACUUCAAAUUCGUCAAAUUAUACUGUCAGGCAACCGAUAUGGCAACGAUUUUGGCUAGGAGUGUUCCUCUUAUCGAGAACUUAGCUAAAAGAAACUGUGUGAAGUUACUUGGAGCCACCACCCCGGCACCGUCUCAAAACGGUCAACAAACCCGUAACCUCAACGUUCAGGAACAUGUGAGCUACACUCUUCUGAAGGAAGCCGGAAUUCCGGUGCCCAACUUCGGAGUGGCCAAGAGCAAAGCGGAAGCCAAGGAGAUUGCCAAGAAGCUGAAUGUAAAGGACAUCGUUCUCAAGGCCCAGGUGCUGGCUGGAGGGCGUGGCAAGGGCGCCUUCAAGGGUGGACUUAAGGGCGGUGUCAGGAUGGUCUUCACACCAGAAGAAGCCGAAGAAUUCGCCGGUCAGAUGAUAGGUGACUUCCUUAUCACAAAGCAGACCGGAGCCAAAGGCCGAAUCUGUAACUCUGUCAUGGUAGCCGAACGCAAAUUCCCGCGCAAAGAGUACUAUUUCGCUGUCAUGAUGGAGCGAGCUUUUGCUGGUCCAGUCUUGAUCGCUUCAUCUCAAGGAGGAGUUAACAUCGAAGAGGUAGCAGCUGAAAACCCCCAGGCUAUUUUAUAUGAGCCCAUCAACAUCACUGAAGGUUUGAAGAAGGAGCAAGCCCUAGCGAUGGCCGAGAAAGUGGGGUUGGGGGACAAGAAGGAGCAGACGGCCGAUAUGCUGAUGCGGCUCUACGAUUUGUUCGUCAAGAAGGAUGCCCUCCUCAUUGAGGUCAAUCCUUAUGCUGAGGAUGCCUCAGGAAACUACUUCUGCCUGGACGCGAAGAUGCGUUUUGAUGACAACGCAGAUUUCAGACAGAAGGAACUGUUUGGGCUGCGCGAUUGGUCGCAGGAGGACUCCAAGGAGGUGGAGGCAGCCAAGUACCAGCUCAACUAUAUUGCUCUCGACGGUGACAUCGGUUGUAUGGUGAACGGAGCCGGGCUUGCAAUGGCCACCAUGGACAUAAUUAAACUGCAUGGCGGUGAGCCCGCCAACUUCCUCGAUGUGGGGGGUGGAGCCACGGCUCAGGCUGUCAAGGAAGCUUUCAAGAUUAUCACAUCUGAUCCCAAGGUAUACGCACUGAUGGUGAACAUUUUCGGUGGUAUCAUGAGGUGUGACGUCAUCGCAGAGGGUAUCAUUGCCGCUGCUAAGGAGCUGGACCUCAAAAUUCCCAUCAUCUGUCGGUUGCAGGGAACCAACGUGGACGAUGCCAAAAUCCUGAUCGCUUCAUCUGGAAUGAAAAUCCUGCCGGUUGAUAACUUGGACGAGGCUGCGCGUCUGGCUGUCAAGCUGUCUUCCAUUGUGGGGUUGGCGCGUGCUGCUAAACUAGAUGUCAACUUUGAAAUGCCUCUCUAAACUGCCGUUAAAUCUAAGAUGCUGUAGAGAAUUCUCGUGAACAACGCCUAAGUAAAAGUUGGCUUUACUGUAAUUUCUCAUUAAAAUAUAGUAUUAAGAUUGUAAAGUAUUUAUUGCCGGUAUUAAUGUUACAAUUAUUAAUGUAUAAUUAUUUUAAAAAGCUCUCCGAGUGAACUAUAUCAGAAGCUUUAGUGUAAACCAAUAUUUCUCUCUAGAAACAAUUUAUGAUUUUAAUAUUUUUUUGUUUUUAUCAUUAGUUGCAAUUGAAUGAUUGAGAACAAUAUUGAAUUGUUUUUGGAAUAGUGGCAAUUGAAUUUUAUUUCUAAAGAAUUUAUUAUUGUAAUUUAUAGCACAUUUACAAAGUAAAGUUGUUCAAUUGUCGAUAUUGAAGAAAAGCACUGUAUUGUUGAACGAUUUUUGGAAAAAUCACUUCGUUUUUGUAAAUUAAUCAUGCAUAGCAUUGUUGUUGGUAUUCAAUUGUUACCAUUCAUAAGUCCCAAUGUGUGUAUUUGCAUUAAAAUAUGUGCAGAUCCAUGA